UUCUUCAUUUCAGCCAAUCACAGCGCGACCUCACUCACCUCCAAGAUGGCGACGUCCAUCCAGAACCGUUGUAGGCACAUUCUGUGUUGUCAAAAUACUCGCAAUAACUAAUCAAAACAAAGUAACACACACGCGGCAAUAGAACUAAACAUAUAGUUUUCGCCGUUGGAUAUCUGCACAUGCGUGCUGUUCGGUUUCAUGGAUGUUUUAGAGUGAAAUUGGGCGUCCUCUCGCCAUGGCCACCGACAACAGGAUUCAUUUCUGGAGGAGAAACCAAAAGGUUCCCGGGAGUUUACAGCCAGUAUAUGGAGCACAGCACCCUCCUCUGGACCCACGGAGACACCGUCCAUUAAAAGACACUCCGAAGGCCAGCAGUUUGAAUGCCAAAUCCAAAAAACCUGCAACUUUCCACGAAUUUGCCCGGAGCACCAAUGAUGCAUGGGACAUUGAUGAUGAAGAGGAUGACGGUAUGUUUAGUCUCAAACAGUACUCAUCUUCCCCGGUCCAAUCACGUUCUACGCCUCAGACGCCCCGCCUCAAACUUUUCAAAUCCCCAGAGGACACAGAGCCACUUCCCCGCCCAUCAGACAGGCAGGAACCAAUCAACACAAACCACGAUCAAUAUCGACUGGAUGUUGAAAGUGGUCCAGCCAAUGGCAGGGUGGUAAAGUCCUGUAGCGACGCCCAGCUGAAUGUUAAUGCAGCUCGCAAUACCCUGCAGAAACAGCAGUCACUUCCUGUGCGUCCCGUCAUUCCAUUAGUUGCCCGCAUUUCAGACCAAAAUGCCUCAGGAGCUCCGCCCAUGACUGUGAGAGAGAAGACUCGGUUGGAUAAAUUCAAGCAGCUACUUGCCAGCCCCAACACAGACCUGGAGGAGUUACGGAAGCAUAGCUGGUCAGGAAUCCCUCGUGAAGUUCGGCCAGUCACCUGGAGACUUUUAUCGGGUUAUCUUCCAGCCAAUAGGGAACGCAGGGAUCUGGUUCUCCAGAGGAAGAGGGAGGAGUAUUUCGGCUUCAUCGAGCAGUAUUACCACUCCAGAACAGAUGAUAACCACAGAGACACAUACAGACAGAUUCACAUCGAUAUCCCGAGGACAAACCCUUUGAUUCCUUUGUUCCAGCAGCCGCUGGUGCAGGAGGUGUUUGAGCGGAUUCUGUUCAUCUGGGCCAUCCGUCACCCCGCUAGUGGAUACGUGCAGGGCAUUAAUGACCUGGUCACACCUUUUUUUGUGGUCUUCCUCUCUGAAUUCGUAGACCUCAGCGGCGGUUGUCCACAUGGUCUUCAGCACGUGUUGAUUUGCAGCUUCAAGGAAGAUGUGGAAAAUUUUGAAAUGGCAAGCUUACCACUGGAUACACAACGAAACAUCGAAGCCGACAGCUUUUGGUGCAUGAGCAAAUUGCUGGAUGGGAUACAGGACAACUACACGUUCGCCCAGCCUGGCAUUCAGAUUAAAGUGAAGGCGCUGGAAGAGCUUGUCAGUAGAAUAGAUGAGGAUGUUCACGUGCACUUUCAGAGGUGUGAGGUGGAGUAUCUGCAGUUUGCUUUCCGCUGGAUGAAUAAUCUGCUGAUGAGGGAGCUGCCGCUGCGCUGUACCAUUCGCCUGUGGGACACAUACCAGGCGGAGUCAGAGGGAUUCUCCCAUUUCCACCUCUACGUGUGUGCCGCCUUCCUCAUCAAAUGGCGUAAAGAGAUCCUCUCCAUGGUGGACUUUCAGAGCCUGCUAAUGCUCCUGCAGAACCUUCCCACAAUACACUGGGGUAACGAAGAAGUGGGUUUACUACUGGCAGAGGCCUACAGACUCAAAUACAUGUUCGCUGAUGCUCCGAGCCACUACAAGAGAUGAGAACCCAUAACCGGACCACAACGAGACUCCACAAACCCAGACGAUGAUCUGACCUAACAACGACACUUCUUCACUCAGUUUAAUCUGACACCGUGAAGCUGGAGCUCACCAAUUUUCGCCAGUGACGUCAAAUUUGUGUCAUCGUCUGCUACAAUUCACAAUCAAGAAUGAGAUGGAGUAAACAACCAUGAAAAAAAUGAUAUUUUGGAAAAAAAACCCUGCAAUCUUUAUGGUUGACAGUUCAAUUUGCCUGCAGAUGACUUCAGAAGAUAACUGACAAUGAGAUGCCAAGAGCUAAGGAAAGAAAAACGCUUAUGUGAGCGUAUCAGAAUAAAACAGAACGACAUGACAUACUAGCAGUUUGUUUUUCUGAAGGCUUCCCCGCAUCUUAUUUCAUUUGUUACCUCAGACGUGGAGAAACCAUCUCUCGUUUUUAUUUUGUGGCAGAUCUUUUUUUUUUUUUUCCCCCAGCCGAUGUUCUCUUGUUUUGUGUUAUUAGACCAUAAUGUGAUCUCCUCGGACAUUUUGCUCAUUGCGACAUUGAUUGUACCACACGCAGGUACACGGGUCGAUUCCCGUCCGUAAUCACUCAGAGACGGUGUUAUUAAAGCCCUGCAAUACAUGAAACUAUGGCAGCCGUAAAGGGUCAUUUCUCAAGAGACGCAGCCAAGCAUUACGGAUUCGAAGAAUCAAUAUGCAACCUCCAGAAGAUGUGUUUGGGUUUGUUUUCAGGUUUUUAUGUUUAUUAGAAUCAUAAGACUGUGAAUUUUAACAAUCAAACAUGAGAAUCUAAUCUUUUAAAGUGGCUUUGUAUGCAUAUGAAGCUCUUGCACAAUUAUUUCUUAGAAAAUGGGUACUUUUAGAGCUUUGGUAUAAGCGUUCGAUUACUACUGAGGUUACGUUUCAGCCAAGACGGCAGUGAAAUAUUAAUGUUGCUUAAUAAAGAAUGAAUCAGUGUGA